AUGUUAUUUUCGAUACUAUUUCUCUAAAUAUAUCAAAUAAAUGGAUUAAAACUCUUUAAAUUUGAACUAAAUUCAUUUGAAAUUAGCAGUGUUACUUUAGAAUUUAAAGUUAAAGAGCCAUACCUUUAAAUUGAUUUGGGUUGUGAUGUAAAUAAAUAAAAUUAUUGUAUAGUUUAUCCCUUCAAAAAUUUGGACUGCUUUGAAUUAAUAAAGUAUCAUAGUAACACCUGAAGAAAGAAUUGCUAAUGGAUGUGGUGAUCAUUAUUUUUCUAUUUGGAUAACUGAUUUAGAAACUUAAGAUUGUGAAUAUACAAUAAGAAUUUACAAUUAUCAUACAUAAGGUUUAUAUAAGGAGCUAAACUUUUUAUAUGAUUAAAUAUACCAUUAAAAAACCCAACCAUAAGAAAAUAUUGCUUAUUAUAAAUAAUUAUUCACCCCUGAAGAUUUUAUGAUUACUAUAUCAACUACUGCUUAUGUAUUUGUUGAAAUAUUCUAAUCAGAAUUUUCAAUGGGACCGUUAUAAAUAAAAUAAGUCAAUCCUAAUAAUUAAUACAGAAAUGUAACUUCAAAAGUUGAUUUCUGGUUCUAAGAUAUUUUUUAGGCUUAAGCUGGUUAGUAAUAUUUUUAUAGAAUUUAAAAUUAUAACGAUUUUUAUACUUUUUUUUAUUUUAAAGUAUAAAGUUUAUUUAUUUAUCAUAGUAUCAAAUACUUAAAAGUAGCUCAAGUUCUGAUGUUUAUUUAUUAAGUGAAAGUUAAACACCAACUGUUUAAUUAAAAAAGAAUAAAAUCUUUUUGAAUAUUCCUCCAAUUUAUCAAUAUGGACAGACUAUUCUUUACAAAAUUAUAAUAACAUCAAAUUGGGUUGAUAGUAAUUUAAUUUAAUGUUCAUUUGGAGAUGAAGAAUUGUUAUCUAAAAUGAAUCUAACAGAAUAUUAUGCCCUAUAUUAUCAUAAUUAAUCUGAUUAUGACUCUCAUUAAUAAUUUGUUAGUGAUUAUUUAGAUUAAUUUGACAGAGAUGUCUUAAUUUAUGUUUUUGGCUUUAUUUAACAUACAGAUUUUAUUUAAACAGUUCCUUAUAAUAAAGUUUAUCUGGCCAAUAUAAAAGAAAAUGAUUAUAAAUUGUUAUAUAUUUUGGCUCCAGUGAUUAUCUUUGUUUUUGCAUUAUUGUCAAUUCUAGUUGCCUAUUUAUGUCUCAAGAAAAAGCGUUUAUCAAUAUAAUAAGAAUAACAAAAAUAAUUAUGGAAUCAAAAUUAUAUCACACCUUUACAAGUUGGAAAUAUUUAAUGA